AUGAAUAAAAAUCUUGACCCUUGCGAUGAUUUUUAUGAUUUUGCUUGUGGGAGAUUAUUGGACGAUAGGAACCACGAAUCCUUUUUGAAACUCGAUGUUUUCGGCACCAUGAAUACAAAAAAUCAACUCUAUUUGAAGGAUAUGAUGGACCUCCCCCAGGAUAAAUUGACUUCUUCUCAAUACAAGGCAAAAUUAUAUUAUAACUCUUGCCUAGAUGAAGAUUUACCGAAUAUAACUAUUCGACAAAAAAUGACAACCGCACAAAUGCAAUAUUUUUCUACCAUAGUUAAAAGCAUAGGCAAUGAUUGGUAUGAUCAUCACAUUUCCCUUUUCGACACUCUAUUGGAACCUAAAAAUGGGAUACCAGAAAAUGAUGUUAAAGUUAUAGUCAUGGAUAAGAUACGAGAUAAGCGUUUCAAUAAUUAUCGUUCAAUUAAUGAUAAAUUUAAGUUUGAAAGAAGACAUAGGAGUGAUAAAUUGCCACAAAAAGUUCUUUCCGUCGAUAAUAUAGCAUAUUUUAACAGUUUACGCCAAAAACCGAUUGAUAUAGCUUUCGAAUUCGAAAUAUUGGCCAGAGAAUAUGGCUUAGAUGCAUUUUUCCUACUAAGCAUAGGCCAAGAUUCCACAAAUUCCUCAACCAACAUAAUAAUUAUCAGUCAAGGUGGUACACCACUGCCUCCCGGUUUAUAUAAAAAAUCAUCUCAAAUUGACAAAAAACUUUUGGAUAAUUACCUUAAUUCUAUGAUCCUAAUUUCGAUGUUUUUGUUUGAUAUGAAAGCCUCUGAAGCAAGGCAAAAAAUGGAAAGGAUUCUAAAUUUCGAAACCGAUUUGGCAGAAAUAAUGAUCCCAGACGUUGAUAUAAUAUAUACGAAUGAUUACGAUAAACGACUAAAGUUAAAAGAUAUGAACCAAAUUGUUGAAAUGAUAAAUUGGCCCACCUUUGUCAACUCAAUGUUUACCAUUAGUGGAGUCAAAAUCGAUGGGAACGAAACUAUAAUGAUCUCGCCCCAAAUAUAUUUUCAAAACUUAAACAAACUUCUUAACAGAUACCUCAGCACUGAAGACGGGAAAAAAAUUCUGCAUGAUUAUUUGAUAUGGCAACUGGUAUAUAGUCUACUACCUUAUUUGCCUAGACUCAUAUUUGAGAAGAUUAUUACUCCCAAUGCGCCUAGAUGGGCCUCUUGCUUGUCAGAAACCAAUAGAUUUUUUGGAUUUCCGCUGGGUUCCCUAUAUAUUAAAGAACAUUUCAACAACAUAACCAAAGGGGAGGUGAAUUAUAUAGAAUGA